AAUGAAUGUUUUUGUGGCGGAAAAUACAGCACUUGACCGAUUGUUUUCUGUUAGAACCUAUUCACCAUGUAAUAAAACAUGACAGUAUCUAAAUCUUCAAAACAGUUACAUUAUUCAUCAUAAUAUAACAAAACUGAAUGGUUUAAUUUGUUUUACAUUUAUUAGUCCCACUUCCUGAGUCAAGCUGACACAUAAUGCAUCCCCCUGAAACCACAAUAUCGUCGAUUAUUACUGCCUUUUUGGCACACAGAAUAUUUCUUAAACAACCUCCUUUUUAAUCUGAUCACCGUACAAUAAUACCCUACAUAUAUAAUGCAUGUAAGCGUUUCUACCAAUACAUAAAAAGCGUGUGUAUGGGAACACACCUCGAUCUUUAGCUAGAAUGGGUCAGAGCACUGUAAUUUAUGCACCAACUGCCUCAAACACUACCAACGACACUGCAAAGUUGGAAUCAACUAUCCCACCCGUUCUGCAGUUUCUGUUUGGGGUUACAGGUAAUAUAAUUGCCUUUAUUGUACUUUUCUCCUCUAGAAAGAAACAUAAGUGGAAGCCGUUUUACAGACUUGUCGCUGGGUUAGCUUUGACUGAUGGUGGAGGAAUUUCAUUAAUAUAUCCAACAGUUUUGGUUAGAUAUGCAUCGAAUUUCACCUACGAUUUUCCAAAACCUCUCUGUAACUACAGUUCCUUUAUGUUUAUAUUCCUGCUGACAUCGUCUGCGAUGAUAGUUUGCGCAAUGUCUUUCGAUCGUUUCAUGGCUAUCCUGUAUCCCUUACGCUACAAUACAGGUAGAAAGAAAUAUCGAGCUAACAUCACCUUAGCACUGAUUUGGAUUACUGCGGCCUUCGUUUCAAGCUUGCCACUGAUGGGUCUUGGAUCUAACAUAUUAUACUAUCCGGGAUCCUGGUGCUUUUUGAACUUUGUCAGUACAUCUACCGUGGACAGGAUCAACUCUUUUAUUUACUCUUUGCUGGGACUGAUGAUUCUGUUUUCAACAAUUUUCUUUAAUGGAAGUGUGGUCUUCUCACUUUGCAAGAAUCAAAUCAAAAACAAGGUUUCUCCGAAAACAAGAAAGCGAAGCGACAUCUUUAAUGCCAUAUUCUUGCUUGUAUUAGUUUCAGUCUUUGCAGCUUGUUGGGCUCCACUUAUGGUUGUCAUUUUUGGAAAUGCCACCAAAUUGAUUUUUGAGGAUGAUUCCGUUGACCUUUUAGCAGUUCGACUAAGCAUCACAAAUUCAAUCGUGGACCCUUGGAUUUACAUCUUACUCCGGAGGGAACACUUAAUUGCAAUCACGCGGAAAUUUGAAAAUAUGUUUGGUAAAAUCAGUUUUGCAGCUAGCAGUAGUCAUGAUGUCAUACCAUCAACAGAUGCACGUCAAAAAAGUUUGGAAAAUACGAUGUCGUCAGGCAAAACACUUUCUACGGACAAUUUAACCAAUUAAUAAAAAUUCAUUCUUUUAAUAUAGAUAAAUUUUAUUUUGUAACGUUUUCACAUGAGUACAAAUGAUGGAACAUGUUUUUUAUUUUACUUUUGGUUGCAAAAAAUAUACAUCUUAGAGAAUAAUUUUAAUGUUCAGCUUUAUAUGAUACUGGUAUAAUAUUUCCGAACAAUCUUGUACAGUAAAAGGUGUCAUUUUUGUAUUAUUUAAUGAAUAAGGAAUCAUUCUUUGAGUAUUGUGAGAUGAUGAUUUCGGUCGGGGCGUGGUAAAAUCCAAUAAAGUCCAAAGGGCUUCAUGAUAGAUUUGAGCACGCUCCGACCGAAAUUAUCACCUCAUAAUAUUCAAAGAAUGAUUCCUUCUUAUAUUAUUUCCAAAUUGUACACUUUCAAACAACAUUAUUUUAAAUCCACUAUUUCUAUGUAGCACAUGCUUGUAUUGCUACGCGGCGAAGCCAAUACCGUUUUGGUUAUGCUAUAAGAUAGGCCCAUUUUUGUGUCACUCAUGUUUUAUGAAGUUACUUGGUUAAAGAGUUCGAAAUUUAUUCGUAAUGUUAUCACAGACAAAGACAGUUUAUUAUGUAAAUAUAAACGUUUUAAUACACACAUUUAUCACAUUGUUCGAUUUCAGCUUUUUCAGCGUUCACAGGCGUUACUGCUUUUUUUAAUCUUUUAAAACAUUAAGCAAUAAUGUUUUAGCUUGUGUAAUAAUGUGCUACAUUUUCUUCAUGCAUUAUGUGUGUUAUAUCUGUAAAUCAAAGUCGACGAUCGCGAAUAAAAAGCUGUUUAUAAAAAAUUUGCACGAAUUUCUUUUAAACUUCGUUAUUGUCAGGCUAAGAUUUAUUAUUUAGAAUUUCCAAUGUUUUCAUUCACAGGUUUUUUUUUCACAAUUUAUCGAAGUGAAUUUGAAACAAUUACCAUAACAUGUUAUAAAAUCAGAACAAGAAACUACGGGUGAAUUACAGUUACUGUAUAAUAUUGGUACAUUAAAAGACACUGAGUAUUUUAUGCAACAAUUUCUCAUGUAUGUGUGUGUGUGAUAAAUCUCAUAAAAGAGAGAGAAUAGAAAACAAAACUGGUCAGAUAAAUCUUAAAAACUGUUUUUAAAAAUUGGAUAUGUUAGCUAUUUAUCAGUGUUUACCCUAUUUUUCGGUCGUCUUUGUGUCAGCGCGGGAGUUCAAGCCUCGGUGGGGGCGGAGGUGGAGCUCCAACAAAAGUGAGGUAAAUGUCAAUUUAAGAGUUAUUGCAAUGUUUGUGUUUGUGUGUGUAUAUAUAUAUAUAUAUAUAUAUAUAUAUAUAUAUAUAUAU